ACACUACUCACACCACUAUUGGCAACACUAUUGUCACCAAAUGAAGUCUGAGACACAAACAACCGUUGAUUCAAAUUUGAAUGUUUGUUACCAUUAACUGAAUGUUGAGUCAAGUGUCACAACACUAGUGAUCAGUGACAUGGAUGUGCUUCCGAGCGGACACAUCUUCAAAGAACUUCAGCUCAUCCAAGAAACUGGAUAUCUGUCGGCACAGCUCUCUCUCGAAGACAAGUGGCAACAGACAAUGUUAGAGAUGGAGCGAUACCUGAAAGAUGAGCCCAAGAUUAGGUCUUUGGAUCAGUUCACUGCCGAUCCGUGGGAUAUGUUUUCCAAACCAUUGAUGACAGGAAACCGACGAAAUGAAAUGAUAAUCGCAGACAUGGAGAGC